CAUCCACACACACACAGACACACACCAUUGUCAUCUAGCUGUUCUUGUUGGGCAGCUGAACACCCUGCUGGGCACUGCGCAUCUCCUGCUCUGGAGAACAAUUCUCAGUUUGUCUUGCCUGGUUUUGCUCUAGUUGUUCAGAAGGAAAAGGUUUUACAGGUGCAAGAGCCAAGAGGUUGUUGAGAUAGGGUUUGAAGACAUGGAGGAUGUGGUGAAGUUCAUCUUUGGAAUUUCUGGAAAUGUCAUUGCUUUCUUUCUCUUCCUAUCCCCAGUGCCUACCUUCUGGAGGAUAAUCAAAAGAAGAUCAACAGAGGACUUCUCAGGAGUGCCGUACAACAUGACGCUCCUCAACUGCCUCUUAUCAGCUUGGUACGGCAUGCCGUUCGUGUCCCCGAACAACCUCCUGGUGUCGACGAUCAACGGCGCGGGCGCGGCGAUCGAGGUGGUGUACGUGGUGGUCUUCCUGGUGUUCGCGUCGAGCCGGCGGACGCGGCUGCGGAUGCUGGGCCUGGCGUCGGCGGUGGCCGCGGUGUUCGCCGCCGUGGCGCUGGUCUCCCUGCUGGCGCUCCGGGGCGAGGGCCGCAAGCUCCUCUGCGGCAUCGCCGCCACCGUCUUCUCCAUCUGCAUGUACGGCUCGCCGCUCUCCAUCAUGAGGCUGGUGGUGAAGACCAAGAGCGUGGAGUACAUGCCGUUCCUGCUGUCGCUGGCGGUGUUCCUGUGCGGCACGUCCUGGUUCGUCUACGGCCUGCUCGGCCGCGACCCCUUCGUCGCGAUCCCCAACGGGUGCGGGAGCUUCCUGGGCGCCGCGCAGCUCAUCCUGUACGCCGUCUACCGGAACCGCGGCGGCAACAAAGCCGGUGCCGAGCGGGGCGGCAAGCAGCACGCCGCUGACGGCGCCGACGACGACGUGGAGAUGGCAUCUGGCUCCGACGUGAAGGGCAGCAACAAUAAGGUCGCCGGCGACGUCGACGUCGACGGCGCCGCCCGCAAGGAGGAUCGGACCGGCUGGUCUAGCUAGGCAUGCAGUUUGCGGUCCACGGAAUCUGCUUCCUGCUGAUUACUAGAGAAUAGCAAGCACGUGUGUUAGCUACCGUACGUCUCGAAUUUCUUUUCCGGUUUCUCUUUCUCAUGUGCAAGUGCAAGCUUUUUUUUUUUGGCUCUCUCUCCCCCUGCAAAUCGACUGUUCUCCUCUCCCGUGAUACGGGAGCGCGUGUACCAAUAUGUAUCAUGUAACGUGUCGGUAUUGUUAUUAGUACACAUGGAAGAAAAAUUAGAGAUCAAUCAAGCGGUCAAUGGCUUCAGUUC